AUGGUAUCAACGAACAAUCCUUGGCAUCUACUUCAUGAACAAUUAAUGCAAAUAGAAGACAAAAUGAAUCCAUCGGCACCAUAUGAAAAAUUCAUGAGAAAUAUUGUUUAUGAUAACCAAUGGCUCGAAUUCGAUAUUGAGAUUUUAAUACCGGACAAAGUUCCAUCGGCGAUCGUAGUUCAGAAGAUCAAUCAGUCCAUUGUGAUCACAAACUUUGUCCAUAAAGAUGGAUUGCUUCAUCCUUUUGAUAUUAUUCUUUCAUUGAAUGACAUGAAUUUUGUUGAUAUGCCAAAAGAAGUAGCGCAAUGCAUUCUCAAUGCACAUCAAGGUAAACUGAUCAAAUUUCGUAUUCGACGGCUACAACCAACUGCUCUUGAAACGAUCGAACUCAAUUUACAAAAGAAUAGUUUCUUCGACUCGGCGAAACUUGGUUUCACUCUAGAUGGCGGAGUUAGAAAAGCUCAAGAAACUGAUCCUGGUUUAUUCGUCGUCGGUAUUAAACCUCGAGGUCGUGCAGCAAACAACGGUCGUCUACGAAUUGGCGAUCGUCUAAUACAAAUCAGUAGUACACAUGUUACAGUUAAUCUGCAAUGUCUUGAGUUGGAUCAAGCUUUGAAACUCAUCAAGCGAAUGAGAAAUGAAUCGACAAGUGUAACACUUGUCAUCGCACAUCAAACACAAAAUUAG